CCUGAGCAGCUUCUGGUGUUCAUGGCUUCGCCUUGGAGAAAUCCUUGUAAGAGGAGGGAUGUAACUCCUGCAAUGCGUUGAGGAGCAGAGAUCAAAGCCGAAAGCUUCGAGCUUCGAUUCUUUCAUCUCUCUAAGUUCAAAAAGUGUGUUUGUUGCCUAAAGAAGUGAUUUGAUUUCCCUGCAAAAUGUUUAACUUCAGUGAGAGCAGCCGGUAUUAAAAAUCAACUUGGUGGCACGAAAUGGUGACACCCAGCACAGCUGGAUGGCAGGAGCGACAACUCCACUGAGCUGCUCUUAUCGUUCAGAGGCUUCAUGCAUUUCUCUUCCUUGAUAUUAAUGGAGAUAAAUAAGAUGAGACUUUAUUUUCCUGUUGAUUUAAGGUGUUCAGUUCUGCUGGCAGACCAUUGGUCGCAAUGUUUAGCAUUACUGAAGCACUUUCAAACACUGAAAUUUGGAUGUUUUCUGAGGUUGUAAUUCAAUAACUCAUUGAAAUGACUGUUAUGUUUCAAGCCGUCUGAAGAUGCUUUUCCUUUUGAGCACCCUGAUAUUCCCUGUCCUGACUGUAGGAGCAGGAGGACUCAAAGCCAUCACAUGAAUUAGAGUGGACUGUAAGCUGUUAAAUUCUCUUCCAAUUUCUUUUCCCCCCUCUUAUCCUAGAGCAGAAAAUGGUGUAGCUUCACAUUAUCUGGAGUAAAUUGUGUUGACGUUUUUAGUAAGUAAUUUUAUGCCACGUAUGUAGUAGUAAUAGUAGAUGUUUAAAAGAUUUACUUGCACUGCUGUCAAAUAACAGCAGGUUCAGAUUGCUGUAGUUAAAGCUGUGUCAGCAGUUGUGGCUUUCUCUGGUGUAAAACUGCUUUUGAAUGGGUUUAAUUCAUGGGUUUGGAUCAUCCAGUGCAAUAUUAUACAUAUUUAACAGGUGGAUCAGCAUUACUUUCAUUUACGAGUGGUAUUGAGUGUGAUUUUGGUGUUGCUGACCCAUCUUAUUCUAGGGCUACUUCUGUGCUAUUGCUCUCCUUGGUGAAUAGGAUGAACAGCAUAGGGGUAGAUACGUAGACCUUCCUUUUGGAGCAGGUGAGAAAGAAGAAGUCAGUCCAGUGCUUUCAGAUGAUGUUUGGCCAGUCACAAUCCUCUCUGUGGGAUCGUCUUGAGGGUGUUUUGGUGGAUGGACAACAACAAAACUUAAGGACAUGGUGCAGUGGCCAAUCUUGGUGGUAUGGCUUCGUUGAAUUCGAUGACCUGCGAGAUGCAGAUGAUGCUGUUUAUGAGCUAAAUGGUAAAGAUCUAUGUGGGGAAAGAGUGAUCGUUGAGCAUGCCAGAGGCCCACGUCGUGACAGCAGUUAUGGUUCUGGACGCAGUGGAUAUGGUUAUAGAAGAAGCGGAAGAGAUAAGUACGGUCCUCCUACCCGUACAGAAUACAGAUUGAUUGUGGAAAAUUUGUCAAGCCGCUGCAGUUGGCAAGAUCUUAAGGAUUAUAUGCGUCAGGCAGGGGAAGUGACAUAUGCAGAUGCACACAAAGGAAGGAAAAAUGAAGGUGUGAUUGAGUUCAAAUCCUAUUCUGACAUGAAAAGAGCCCUUGAAAAGCUGGACGGGACAGAAGUAAAUGGCAGAAAGAUUAGAUUAGUGGAAGACAGACCUGGAUCAAGACGGCGCCGCUCUUACUCCAGAAGCCGAAGCCAUUCAAGGUCUCGCUCUCGAAGCCGGCAUUCUCAUAAGAGCCGGAGCCGCAGUGCCAGCAGCAGCCGCUCCAAGAGCAGAUCAAGAUCCAGGUCUGUGUCCCGUUCCAGAAGCAAGAGCCGUAGUCGAAGCAAGAGCCGUAGCAGAGGCCAAAAAGAGAAAAGCAGGACUCCAAGUAAAGAGGAUAAAAGUAGGAGUCGCAGCAGGAGCGCAGAGAAAUCGCGGAACAAAAGUAAAGAUAAAUCUGAGGGCGCUCUCCAUAACAGCGAUGAGAAAGAAAAGAGCAGGAGCCGCAGCAAGGAAAAGAGUAGGAGCAGGAGUGGAAGCAAGGACAGGGGAGAGACGAGGGAGAGCUUGAGGAGUAGAAGCAAAGAGAGGGAAAAGAGCAUUAGCAAAGUUAGAAGUAGGAGCAAGAGCAGGAAUGAGAGUAGGAGCAGGAGCCACAGUAAGGAGAAGAGGAAAAAUAGGAAGAGAAGCAGGGAUGAGAGCAGGAGUAGAAGCAGGAGCUGCAGCAAGAGUGAGAAAAGCAAGAGGCGCAGCAAGAGAGACAGCAAAGCGAGUAGCAAGAAAAAGAGGAAGGACAGCCGUGAGCGUUCAGUGUCCAAAGAAAAGGAGCAUCUAAAAUCAGAGUCUGACAAAAAGGAAGCUAAAGCUGAGGGUGAAAAUGCAGCUGCCCACGUGGCGUCUCGCUCCAGGUCUAGGUCUAUUUCCAAGUCAAAACCAAAUGUCAAAUCCGAUUCCCGUUCCAGGUCAAAAUCUGUUUCAAAACCUCGGUCCCACUCCAGGUCUAGGUCUGCCUCUAGGUCACACUCCCAAUCACGGUCGAGGUCUCGCUCCAGAUCCUAACCUUGCUGCAAGCAAACUUGGAACAGUCAGAGAAAUCUUUUGUACGUGUUGGUAGUUGUAGCACAAGUGAUUGAAGUAGAGAACAUGUCCAUGCUGUAUAUUUUUAACUGCCCCGUAGUGUGUGUCACUGUCAGUGGCAGUGCUCACUCCCUGUAAUGCUCCCUGGUGCCAGGCUGUUCAGCUCUAUUCAAUACAAGGUUCCCUUAGGACACAGUUCUUCCUACAUCACUGAAAUGGCCCCAUUGUCCAGGAGCUUUGCAGGGAGCGAGUGCUGCACCUUAGAGGGUCUAUGGGAUUGCAAUGACUGAUAGGUAUCAGUGGGUCUAUGGGAUUGCAAUGACUGAUAGGUAUCAGUGGGUCUAUGGGAUUGCAAUGCUGACUGAUAUAGGUAGGUACAAUGGCUUCAAUCCUUGUCCUUGAAUCUCUGCCCUUUGCUGUUUGCCAUUUAGUGCAAGUGCUGAGUCUUAAGUUUCAAACUACUUUUGUUUCAUAUUUUUUUGGACUUCCCAAGUUGUGAACAGCACAAAAGGGGAUAAAAAAGAUACUUACAGUGGGAAAAUAGAGCUCCAUAUUCUGCUAUUGUGACAAUAUCUUUGUUUUCUAUUAAUUUUUUAAUUUAUUUUUCCCCUCCCGUCUUGCAAAGUGCAGUGAUCCCUGUUUCCAUGAGAUUUGAAUAAAGACUAUUUUUGCUCGAUGACACUCGAUGGUGAUUAA